AUGAAGGAAGCAGUGGUGAACCACCAGCUCCAGUCGCGUAUCCACGACGUUGACAUCCCCAAGCCUGCUCCCGGCCAGGUUCUCAUCAAGGUGGUCGUGUCCGGUAGCAACCCCAAGGACUGGAAGUAUCCCCGGUUCGCUCUUCCCAAGGGUAUCUACGGGAACUACGGCGAUGAUAUCGCGGGGUACGUCGCGGCCGUGGGCGAGGACGUGCUCGAGUUCAAGCCGGGGGAUAAAGUCGCUGCGUUCCACGAGGUGAGGGCUCCUCAUGGAAGCUGGGCUGAGUAUGCCCUUGCGCCGGGGCUUUCUACUUUUCAUCUUCCGGAGAAGAUCAGCUUGGAGGAGGCAUCAACCAUCCCCCUCGCAGCCGGGACAGCUGCGGUCGGUCUCUACCAACGUCUUGGUCUCCCUCUCCCCUGGAAUCCAGCGACAAGGCCAAUCCCCCUGGUCAUCUACGGCGGAGCAACCUCCGUGGGCGCCUUCGCUAUCAAACUCGCCCGUCUCUCCAACAUCCACCCCAUCAUCACAGUUGCCGGAAACGGCAUCCCCUUCGUCGAGACCCUGAUCGACACGACCAAGGGCGACACGGUCGUCGACUACCGCCAUGGCGAUGAAGCCGUGCGGGCCGGAAUCCGGAAAGCCGCGGGGAACAACCCCAUCGCGUACGCGUUCGACGCUGUGAGCGAAGGAGGCAGUGUGGAGAACAUAUUCGACGUCCUCGAGAAGAAAUCCAGUAAAGUCACCACCGUGCUUCGAGUCGAUCAGGACAAGAUCCCGUCGGGAAUUGAACAUGUCUUCACCUAUGUAGGGACGGUCCACAAGGCGCCAUCGCAGCCUGGGGCUGUCCUUGGCGAUGCGGAAUUCGGACAUGUCAUAUACCGGUUCCUGGCGAGGGGGCUGGCGCAGGGAUGGUUCAGUGGACAUCCGUACGAGGUGGUGCCGGGGGGAUUGAACGGGAUUGAAGCUGUGCUGAGGAAUCUGGAGAGCGGGAAGGCGAGUGCAGUCAAGUACGUGGUGCGGAUUGCAGAGACGGCGGGCGUUUCAGAACCUAGCAGGAAUCAGGUUAACGAGUAG